AUGGAUGGGGAGAAGAAGGCCCACGAGGUCAACUCGGCCACCUCAACGGCAUCAGACGUCGGUGUCGGCGUCCACGAGGAUGCGCCUCAGAAUGUCUCUUGGGGGAGGAAGGUUCUCUAUCACCUUUGGGACGCUGAUCAGCAUCUGAAGAGCCCUCAGGAGCGCGCUUUGGUUCGGAAGCUGGAUUUUGGCAUCCUGAUUUGCGCCACUCUUGGCUGGAUACGUGGUCAAUCGAAGCGAUCUGAUCGAUAUGCAGUGUGUUACACCAUCGCCUUUGCUAUUAUGCAAAUUCCCUCAAAUCUCAUCGCCCUCAAGAUCCGCCCUCGUUACUGUAUCGUCUUUUGCGAACUUGGAUGGACGGCCUUCACCUUCGCUCAAGCCGCGGCCCAGAGCAGCAAUCACAUGUACGCCUUCCGCUUCAUGAUCGGCCUGUUCGAAUCCGGCUUCUCGCCCAUCAUCAUUUUCCUCCUUGGAUCGUGGUACACCAAGCCCGAGCUCGCCAAGCGCGUGGCCAUCUGGCACAUUACCGGCUUCUUCGGGCAGGCGACAUCUGGGUUUCUGCAGGCUGGGAUUCACAAGUCUUUGAAUGGGCAUUUAGUCUGCGGCUGUAUGUCCCUGCCGGUUGCUCUGUCCGUGUGGUGGUUGCUUCCUGAUUACCCGCAUAACACGACCGCGUGGUACAUCACGGAAGAGGACAAGCAGAUUGCGAUGCAGCGCGCGGCGAAGCAGGGCAAGGCGGAGAUCACGGGAGUUGUGGACUUGAAGCUCCUCAAACGCAUGUUUGGGAACUGGCGUUGGUGGAUCUUGUGCUUGAUGUACAUCUUUUACGGCAACUCGUGCCAGGCCAACAACUACUUUGCUAUCUACCUUCGCGAGAACGGGUACAGCGUCACCCAACGGAACGUCAUCCCGGCGUGCGCCAACCUCGUCACCAUGGCCACGGACUUUGCGUGGGGCUUCAUGUCGGACCUGACUGGCAACAGACCUUUGUGGAUCAUUGGACCUCUUAUGGGCACGACUGUUGUGGGCUCUUCAAUCCUCACUGCCUACCCGCCGACGGAUGCUGCGCGAGUAGCCGGUUUCUUCCUCGUUUCUUGCGGCUAUGUCACGGCUGUCACUUGGACUUGGGCGAAUGAGGUGAACAAUGGGAAUGCGGAAGAGCGUGCCCUGACUAUUUCCAGCAUGAAUGGAUUAUUUUACGCAACCAACUCUUUCUUGCCUAUCCUCAUCUUCCCACAGACCAUGGCACCCACUUUCGAGCGAGGCUUCCCCUCUAUCCUGUCAUUCGCGCUCGCUGCCGUGGUUUUGGUCCUCAUUGCGGACUUCUUGCAUAAGCGUCAACUGCGGCGAGAAGCGCAUGCUGCCGGUGAACAGCCUACCUCGGAAACUGUCGUGGAGGGGAAGGCCGAUAAGAAGGAGAAGGAGAUGGAGGGUAGACUUUCUGGAGCUAUUGAGCCGGUUAGGAACUCUUCUAGUAUCAUUUGA